AUAAUUCUUCCAUUAUGUCAUUCUUGUUUGAAUGGAUCUAUAAUGGCUUCAGCAGUGUGCUGCAGUUCCUAGGAUUGUACAAGAAGUCUGGAAAAUUAGUUUUUUUGGGUUUGGAUAAUGCAGGCAAAACUACCCUUCUUCACAUGCUAAAAGAUGACCGAUUGGGUCAACAUGUUCCCACAUUGCAUCCAACAUCAGAAGAAUUAACAAUUGCAGGAAUGACUUUCACCACUUUUGAUCUUGGUGGCCAUGAGCAAGCUCGGCGUGUCUGGAAGAAUUAUUUCCCAGCAAUUAAUGGGAUUGUCUUUUUAGUGGACUGUGCAGACCACUCUCGUCUUAUGGAAUCUAAAGUGGAGCUCAAUGCACUAAUGACUGAUGAGACAAUAUCCAAUGUGCCAAUUCUUAUCUUGGGUAACAAGAUUGACCGACCAGAAGCUAUCAGUGAGGAGAAACUGCGAGAGAUUUUUGGUCUUUAUGGACAGACAACAGGAAAAGGGAAUGUGUCAUUGAAGGACCUGAACACGCGUCCUAUGGAAGUGUUCAUGUGCAGUGUACUGAAGAGGCAAGGCUACGGUGAAGGUUUUCGUUGGCUGUCACAGUACAUUGACUGAUAACUGGAGAGACAGAUCUAUUCCUGAACUGAUCCUGUUCACAAAUUCCUUAUGGACUUUUCUAUUAGAACAUGGAAGACUCUCCAUCUGCAUACUGGCAACGACCAAGAGACUCCUUUCUUCAGUUACCCUACAUCACAGUGGUGACACAAUUCUUUUCCCUGCGUCUGGGAGAUAACAUUCUGUACACCGGUGCAGGUUGUCACUUCCAGUGGCCAUUGAUUCCUAUGGAAACCAUGGCUUUCAGUUACAAUAGGAUGAGCGAGCUAGAAUGCCAAGCUCUGUGUGCGGCACUCUUGUGGCUGGAAAAGAGGACAUGUCUCACCACUGUGGCCAAUUGAUUUCAAAGAAAGCAACUAUAUUUUUUAAAGGAAGUGUUUGAUGUGAAUGGCGUCCCUUUAGAUUUUCUUUAAGUUAGCAUUCAUCCUGUUCAGGCCAGAGUCUGUUAGGAUUUUUUUUUUAAAAAAAAUCUAUUUAAUGGUAUUUAGGCGGUUCCCAAAUGACUGAACCAGCUAUCAUGAUAUUCAAAAACUUUAGAAAACAAGAAAGAUGGCUUUUUCAAAGCCCUGUAAGGUGGUUGCGCAGUCUCACUGCUCGAUCAUGAAGAUGGUGCUAUUGGGACUGACUUGUGCAAUGAUUUUCUUUAACUUACAGGGAAUUUAGUUGGGGGGGGGGAGGGGAAUGGAGUACACACAGAGGCACACUUAUUUAGCCUUCCUUGUCAUGUGCAGGAGUCUGAAAUGUGGUUGACCCCUUUUGCCCACCUCUAAAAGUUACGAUCACUAUUCUUAUUGGCAGUCUUUUAUUUCUUUUUUGCAGCACCAGCAAAAAGUUUGUCUUCGACCUACAAUACAGGAUGUUCUACAUUGCAGGCAACUGCAAAAAAAAAAAAAAAAAGGCAGUAGAAAUCAUGAAUUUAUUUUUUGGGUUAUUGUAGCAUUAAAUUGUUCCAACAAGUGUGUAUCAAAUGCUGUUACUGUAAACUAACCCUGUUUCUUUUACACUCAACAGAGCUUGUGUUUGAAUUUUCAU